CCGGCGACCACCAUGGCGGAGACCAACAACGAAUGUAGCAUCAAGGUGCUCUGCCGAUUCCGGCCCCUGAACCAGGCAGAGAUUCUGCGGGGAGACAAGUUCAUCCCCAUUUUCCAAGGGGACGACAGCGUCGUUAUUGGGGGGAAGCCAUAUGUCUUUGACCGUGUGUUCCCCCCAAACACGACUCAGGAGCAAGUUUAUCAUGCGUGUGCCAUGCAGAUUGUCAAAGAUGUCCUUGCUGGCUACAAUGGCACCAUUUUUGCUUAUGGACAGACAUCCUCAGGGAAAACACAUACCAUGGAGGGAAAGCUGCAUGACCCCCAACUGAUGGGAAUCAUUCCUCGAAUUGCCCGAGACAUCUUCAACCACAUCUACUCCAUGGAUGAGAACCUUGAGUUCCACAUCAAGGUUUCUUACUUUGAGAUUUACUUGGACAAAAUUCGUGACCUUCUGGAUGUGACCAAGACAAAUCUGUCUGUGCAUGAGGACAAGAAUCGGGUGCCAUUUGUCAAGGGUUGUACCGAACGCUUUGUGUCCAGCCCAGAGGAGAUUUUAGAUGUGAUUGACGAGGGGAAAUCAAAUCGUCAUGUGGCUGUCACCAACAUGAACGAACACAGCUCUCGAAGCCACAGCAUCUUCCUCAUCAACAUCAAGCAGGAGAACAUGGAGACCGAGCAGAAGCUCAGUGGGAAGCUGUAUCUAGUGGACCUGGCAGGGAGCGAAAAGGUCAGCAAGACCGGAGCAGAGGGAGCCGUGCUGGAUGAGGCAAAGAAUAUCAACAAGUCACUGUCAGCCCUUGGGAACGUGAUCUCUGCGCUGGCUGAGGGCACAAAAAGCUACGUUCCAUAUCGUGACAGCAAAAUGACACGGAUUCUCCAGGACUCUCUGGGAGGAAACUGCCGGACAACUAUGUUCAUCUGCUGCUCACCAUCCAGCUACAACGACGCAGAGACCAAGUCCACCCUGAUGUUCGGGCAGCGGGCAAAGACCAUAAAGAACACUGCCUCAGUGAAUCUGGAGUUGACUGCUGAGCAGUGGAAGAAGAAAUAUGAGAAGGAGAAGGAGAAGACAAAGGCUCAGAAGGAGACGAUCACCAAGCUAGAGGCUGAGCUCAGCCGGUGGCGCAAUGGAGAGAAUGUGCCUGAGACGGAGCGCCUGGCUGGGGACGAUGCAGCCCUGGGAGCUGAGCUCUGUGAGGAGACCCCUGUGAAUGACAACUCAUCCAUUGUGGUGCGCAUCGCACCUGAGGAGCGGCAGAAAUACGAGGAGGAGAUCCGCCGCCUCUAUAAGCAGCUCGAUGACAAGGACGAUGAGAUCAACCAGCAGAGCCAGCUCAUAGAGAAGCUUAAGCAGCAGAUGCUGGACCAGGAAGAGCUGCUGGUAUCCACUCGAGGAGACAACGAGAAGGUCCAGCGGGAGCUGAGCCACCUGCAGUCAGAGAACGAUGCUGCUAAGGAGGAGGUGAAGGAGGUGCUGCAGGCCUUGGAGGAGCUGGCCGUGAACUACGACCAGAAGUCCCAGGAAGUGGAAGAGAAGAGCCAGCAGAACCAGCUUCUGGUGGAUGAGCUGUCUCAGAAGGUGGCCACCAUGCUGGCUCUGGAGUCUGAGUUGCAGCGGCUACAAGAGGUCAGUGGACACCAGCGGAAGCGAAUUGCGGAGGUGCUGAAUGGGCUGAUGAAGGACCUGAGUGAGUUCAGUGUCAUCGUGGGCAACGGGGAGAUUAAGCUGCCAGUGGAGAUCAGCGGGGCCAUCGAGGAGGAGUUCACGGUGGCCCGACUCUAUAUCAGCAAAAUCAAGUCAGAAGUCAAGUCUGUGGUCAAGCGCUGCCGGCAGCUAGAGAACCUGCAGGUUGAGUGUCAUCGCAAGAUGGAGGUGACGGGGCGGGAGCUCUCAUCCUGCCAGCUGCUCAUCUCCCAGCACGAGGCCAAGAUCCGCUCGCUUACAGAAUAUAUGCAGAGCGUGGAACUAAAGAAGCGGCACCUGGAAGAGUCCUAUGACUCCCUGAGCGACGAGCUGGCCAAGCUGCAAGCCCAGGAAACUGUGCACGAAGUGGCCCUGAAGGACAAGGAGCCAGACACACAGGAUGCGGAUGACGUAAAGAAGGCCGUGGAGGUGCAGAUGGAGAGUCACAGGGAGGCCCAUCACCGGCAGCUGGCCCGGCUCCGGGAUGAGAUCAACGAGAAGCAGAAGACCAUCGAUGAGCUCAAAGACCUGAAUCAGAAGCUGCAGUUAGAGCUAGAGAAGCUUCAGGCUGACUACGAGAAGCUGAAGAACGAAGAACACGAGAAGAGCAGCAAACUCCAGGAGCUGACAUUUCUGUACGAGCGACAUGAACAGUCCAAGCAGGACCUCAAGGGUCUGGAGGAGACAGUUGCCCGGGAACUCCAGACCCUCCACAACCUUCGCAAGCUGUUCGUUCAAGACGUCACGACUCGAGUCAAGAAAAGUGCAGAAAUGGAGCCCGAGGACAGUGGGGGGAUUCACUCCCAAAAGCAGAAGAUUUCCUUUCUUGAGAACAACCUGGAACAGCUUACAAAGGUUCACAAACAGCUGGUACGUGACAAUGCAGAUCUGCGUUGUGAGCUUCCUAAAUUGGAAAAACGACUUAGGGCUACGGCUGAGAGAGUUAAGGCCCUGGAGGGUGCACUGAAGGAGGCCAAGGAAGGAGCCAUGAAGGACAAGCGCCGGUACCAGCAGGAGGUGGACCGCAUCAAGGAGGCCGUUCGGUACAAGACCUCUGGCAAGCGGGGCCAUUCUGCUCAGAUUGCCAAACCCGUCCGGCCCGGCCACUACCCAGCAUCUUCACCCACCAACCCCUAUGGCACCCGGAGCCCUGAGUGCAUCAGUUACACCAACAACCUCUUCCAGAACUACCAGAACUUGUACCUGCAGGCUGCGCCCAGCUCCACGUCAGACGUGUACUUUGCAAACUCCUGUACCAGCAGCGGGGCCACAUCUUCCAGCGGGCCCCUGGCAUCCUACCAGAAGGCCAACAUGGACAAUGGAAAUGCCACAGAUAUCAAUGACAACAGGAGUGACCUGCCUUGCGGCUAUGAGGCUGAGGACCAGACCAAGCUUUUCCCUCUCCACCAAGAGACGGCAGCCAGCUAA